AUGACUGAUCCAGUGAUCAUCGAUCGCUAUACUGCUGCAAGAGUUUACUUUGGCAGCGUUGUUGGCUCAAUAUUAUUGGAAUCACUCAUCCCUUUUAGUGUCUACACUUUCCAAAGAUAUAAAAAAUAUCGACGGCAGGACCGAAAUGUGUUGCACUGGAGUAUCACUGUCUGGCUUCAGAAACUACACAGCUUCCCGCUCCCUCUUCCGUACUUGGAUUGGCAUGUCACAGAUGCUGCUCGUUUCACAGCGUUUCUCGCACUCAAUUUGAUCUUCAGCAUACAGUCCAACGAGUUCACAGCGGAUUACACCCUGUACGGUUGGCUAGCAAUUGCCAAUGCUGGUCUCGCGAUGCUGAUGGCCUCCCGAAACAACUUGUUCGCGUCCCUUCUACGUAUCCCCAGCCCAGUCAUUCUUCAGUACCAUCGUUGGAUAGGCCUUGCAACCGUUGCACACGCAACAGCCCAUGUAUCGUUCAAUAUUCAGCAUUACAUCGAAACGAAACAGGUUACCACCAGCUUCAGAAACCAUCGAGUCCAGAUAGGCUUGAUGGCCUGGAUCGCUCUCAUCAUUCUCUUUUUUACGGCCCUGCCAAUUGUACGACGCCUCUUCUUCGAAGUGUUCUACUACACUCACGCGCUGUUCUUCGUUUUCGUCGUCGGAGCUUUGAUCCAUGCAUCGCAUGGGCCGGAAUUCAUGCUACCUGGGCUUGUACUCUGGGGCGUAGAUCGAGCCAUCCGAUUUGCGUACAAUUUCCGCCGUAUUCAAGUUCAGAGUGUUGAGACAUUUGAAGGCGACGUAACGAAGUUCAAAGUCAAGGGUCUGAGGACCUGUACUCCUGGACAAGUUGUCUGGCUUCAGAUCCCAAUGGUUUCCUUUGUGAACUGGCAUCCAUUCACUGUCGCAAGUACACCCAGUGGGCCUGAUAAGGCUGCGACGAUCGCUGUUCGUGGUCUUGGGGGUUUCACAAAGGCUGUACAAUAUGCUGAUUGCAACGGUGAUGUGAAUCAGCGUGGAUGUGCUUCCUUGGACUCGAACAGCAUGAUGUCUCAUCCGCUCAAGAUGCGUCUCGACGGCCCAUACGGUGUUGGGUCGGUAUCUUGGGGCUUGCUGCCUGUAACUGUUCUCGUCGCUGGAGGCAUUGGAAUCACCCCAGGUGUCAGCAUUACGUCUCAUUUAGUCAGACAAGCAGGCUUCACUUCAGGCAGUGGUUCUGAGUCUCACAUUCAUCUUCUCUGGGUCGUCAAAGAUGCUCAACAUAUUCAGUGGUUUGCAGAUGAACUCACUGAACUUGCUACUGCAUGCGAGAAGUCGGAGUCACCAGUAACGCUAGACAUAUCUAUCUUUAUUACUAGUGGAGCUCACCGUGCGGUUCACAUGAGCGAAGCAUCUCGCGAACUGCAGGACAUCAGCUCUCCGCACCCUUGGUCUAUUUAUCUGGGGCGACCAGAUCUAAAGCAAUGGUUCAGGGAGCUCAAGUCCAGGCGUCUCGGAAUGGAUGCAGCUGUGAACUUGUGUGGUCCAAGACAACUUCUCAAGCAAGCUAGAGCGGUUGCAUGUGGUGUUUCCGAUAGAGAAGGACUCUUCUUUGUACAAGAGGAGGUGUUUGAGUUGUAG